AUGACUGCCUUGAUCUUCAUGCUCACUGGGUUUUGCCUUUUCCUCAGCUUGGUAUCAGUUAUCCUGUUUGUCUUCUUCUCCAUUGUCCAAGUGCGAGAGUCGGCUCGAUAUGUGCUUUUUGCCCACAUGCUCAUUAAUGAUACCCUCUAUCUGUCACUGGGCCUGUACCUCAUGGUAACUUCCUUGUACUUUGCAUUUAUACCCGUCCCAGUGUGUUAUGUUAUAGUCACCCUGGUGUCAUGUACAUUUAAGAUUACUCCAUACAAUCUGGCUGUGAUGUCUCUGGAACGAUACGUAGCCAUUUGCCACCCACUCAGAUAUGUUGAGAUUUGCUCUGGGCACAGAUCCGGUGUGACUAUUGCAGGGCUCUGGGCCUUGGCAAUGGCCCCUAAUGUUGCCGAUUUCAUCUCCUUGAGCCUCUCGGCAGACAGAACAUUUUACUCUCUACAUGUGAUAUGUACAAAAGAGAUAUUAAUACUUAAUAUCACUCAGCAACAUAUCAGAUCGAACACCCUGAUAGUCAGCGUAUCACUGGUGGCCAUAAUCAUCCUAUAUACUUACGUUAAGGUCAUGCUGGUUGCUCAAAAGUUCGGCUCAGGAAACUCCUCUGCCAUCAAGGCUGGUAAAACGGUUCUGCUCCAUGCCUUCCAGCUCUUCCUCAGCAUGAUCGCCUUAUUAACCCCAUUUAUAGUCACCAGUAAUAAGGAAUAUAUAUCAAUAUUGCCUAUUAGCAACUUUCUCUUUUUCACAUGCCUGCCAAGGUUCAUUGGUCCUUUAAUCUAUGGCUUGAGGGAUGAGCUGCUGUUCCAAUGUCUAAGGAAGUUAUACUCUAGUGGUCCUUAA